UCCUCCUCCUCCUUCACUUUCGCAUUCAGCCCGGAGCCAUGAUGUUCCAUAGUCCUCCCUCGUCGUCCUCUUUCCCCAUCUCCCUCCUCUCCCUCCUCCUGUUGCUGCUCCAGCCCGUCCGCAGUUUGGCGCCAGAUGAAGCAACGUUGGCGCUCACCAUUUUCGCCACAGAUGACCCCAGCCUACCAGAGGGAGUGUUGGAGGUUAAGACAGAAGACAGGAGCAUUGUUUACUAUGACACCACACUAUCAAAAGCUCAGGUCCGUCUGAGCAACUUGGAGCCAAUGCAUGUAGCUGUUGAAGAAAUGAUGGAAUGUUACAUGGACAAUACGUUGGCAUUCGUCCACAGCCUGCAAAAGCAAGUUAUGGUAUUAACCAACAAUUAUCUUCCCUCAAAUGAAAUUGGUGAGGCGCUUCUGUACUCAGAGAAACCUGAUGUCCUAGGCGAGGAAAAUACUCUGAUCUGUUUUAUCAGCGGCUUUUACCCUCCGGCGCUUGAAGUGACGUUGCAGAAAAACGGCAAGCCGAUCGGUGGUGAAGUUAACUCCUCCCACCUCUCUUUCAGUGAAGACUGGUGGUUUUACAAGCUCCAGUACAUACACAUCCAGCCCACUGAGGGUGACAUAUACUCUUGUAAAGUCGUCCACAAUAUCAGCAAAGAGGAGAAAGUAACAUACUGGGAACCAGAAGUGCAAGAUAGCAAAGAAGCUGAACUGGAUACAAGCCAGAUUAUUGUUUUGAUCUGUGGUGUGAUCAUUGGAAUUCUUGGCACUGCAAUGGGAUUCUGCCUGUAUUUCUGGUUGCGUUUCACCAGACAGGAUUCUUGGAUUAUGCGGAUCAACCCUUUCAUGAGGGUAUUAGAUUCAUCAUAAGAAAUGGAUCUGCUGUCUUUGGCCCUGGGAACCAAAGAUACUAGAGGAGCAAGAUAGACCACUCCUACGAAAUCCAAUAGACUGACGUGCAGUACGCAUCGGAA